CUCCAAGACAUGCUGAUCAUUCGAAACAACCGUAACCAGUAUUAAGCCCCAAGACCUGCAAGCGCUAUUGUUGCUCUACAAGUUACAGAUACUUCAUUCUGAUAUCAUUCUGACCACUGAUACACCACCAAUAUGAGUCGUCAUUUGCUUGGAAUGGUUGAGGAGGCACCAGCCGACUUAGAGCUUAAUUCUGCGAGUGACGAACUUGUUAAGACAGUAGAUACCCUAGGGCUACGCAUUGCAGCAGUAUUUAUCAUCCUUCUGGCUGGCCUUCUUGGCGGCUUGCCGCCUCUCUUCCUUAAAGCCUUUCAACGCCAAGAAAGCUUGCAAACGUUUUUAAUACGUGCAUUUUCAGCGGGCGUCAUCCUUGCACUGGCUUUGGUGCAUAUCGUGCCAGACGCCAUCCAAGACCUGGCCGACAUCGGCGGCAUAAAGUACCCUAUCGGCGGUACCUCCAUCCUCUUUGGCAUCGCUGCCAUGAUCUUCAUAGAGCACGGGGCGCACAUGAUGUAUGGCAUCCCUCACGUGCAUCAUUCCGACGCCGCACCGCCAGCGCGGCCGCUCGAGUCCCAAACGCAGUCGCUGCCCACGCAGCAACCCUCCGCCAUCGGAGAGGGCUGCGAAGACGACGCGAAAGCCAGCUGCCGCGGCAACCAGCAGCCGGGGCAUGCCCACGCUCAUGCCCAUCCACACCCACCUCAACCGCCCAUGCUCCAACAGCAAGAGGACAAAGCAGCCUCCUGCGGCCACCCUCAGCAUUUGGAGCACCAACAGGAGAACCCUCUAAGGGACCAGCAGCUCCCCCUCCCUGCACCCACCGCCACCACAGCCGCCACAAGCACGGCCGCAUUCGCACGUCGCUCAGCGGGCCCUUCCCUCGGCCACCGGAGCGCCGGCGCCGGCAGCGGCCCCUGCGGCAGCCCCCUUGCCGCCACCUCCCUCCCGCUCUUCAGCAGCAGCGACUGCACCCUCGCGCGCAGCGAAUGCAGCACUCCCCAUGGCGGCGCCAUGGCUACCGGCGGCACCGCCUCCGCCGCUGCAGCUGCCUCGACGGCGCUGCUGCUGCACUGCGCGCCGGAUCACUGUCACGACUGCGUGUCGCGCUCUUCAGCGCCCAACUGGGCCUCCGCGGUGGAGGUCAGUGCGGCGGGGGACUCGCCGCUGCGGCUGCGCAUCAUAGCAUACCUGUUCGAGUUGGGUUGCAUCUUCCACUCGUUUAUCAUCGGGCUCUCGCUGGGAGUCAACCAGACCAGCAUGGCACAGGUUCGUGCGCUGCUGAUUGCGCUGUCGUUCCACCAAGCGCUGGAGGGCCUCAGUCUGGCCAGCGUCAUCAACCGGGGGGGCUUCUCCGGCGCUCGAGCAGCGCUCAUGGUGGCCAUGUACGGCGUCACCUGCCCCGCGGGGGUGGCAAUCGGCAUUGCCAUUGCGAAAUCCUACGAGCCCGAGAGCCUGCAGGCGCGUGCAGCCCAGGGGGUCCUCAACGGUGUGUCAGGCGGAAUGCUGCUGUACAUCUCCCUCGUACAACUCAUCGCGGAGGACAUGGGCAAGUAUGUCACGGAGCCCUCAUCGUCAAGCAGCAGCAGCAAGAAUGCGCAUGGGUCCGGACCCACGGGUCGUUCUGGCUGCCAUGCAUCGGGCGGCUCGGAGAUUGGGUACCGCAUUCGCAUGCCCUCUUUCCUGGCGUUCUGCGCGGGUGCUGCCUCCAUGUGCUUGCUUGCGGUGUGGGCUUGAUGCGAAGGCAAGAAAGGAAGGGGGGAGUGUUACUGGUGCCUGGCGCUCGUGGCUGCUAACCGUUGGUUGGCUCGUUUGCACGCUUUACACGUCUGGCGGUGCCAUGGGUCCAUUAGUUUACAAGCCAUACUAGUAGCUGUUAUGUAAGUUACGAGGGAGCGGUGGAGCUGCAAAGAAAGAAGAGCCCGGGAGGCAGUAGCAGCGGUGGCUGCAGCGCCGUUAGUAGUGGGUUGUAGUAAAUGUGGAUAAUGACAUGACGUCAAUCCAACAUGGGUAUAAUGUAGAAGUUACCGUUAGUAGGAUGCAUGAUGCUUUCAUGACUCAUAAGGAGGACCGCAUAAGGAGGAC